AUGGAGGCGUCCACGAAGAAGGGCCAGCUCAGACUGCAGCUUCUAGCGGGCGAACAAGAUAUCAACACCCUUAGCGGCUUCCACGCCAGCGGGAAACUGCAAGUGCCGGAUGGCUACCUCCCCGGCAGGUUCCCGAUAGCAAACCCGAAUCCAAAUGCAAACAUGGGCCAAGGUCCGUAUGGCAGUUUCCAGCCUAGCCAGAAUCUCUCCAAUCACGAUUUGAUCACGCCAGUUCACCAAAGAGGCGGCUACGAUGCUGCUUCGAGAAAGGGGUCUAUGGCGUCUUCCAUGUCGAUGGGCCGGCUUUUCAAGAAAAAAGAGGUGUUUUUCGAUGACGACGCUGGCUUUGACAUCGGUGAUGUCUCAGGCAAUACUGUCACUUUCAACGAUAUCCAGCAUCUUCGGGAUAAUAAUGGCAGGUACAGCAUCUCUGCUCGAACAACCGACCUGACGCCCAUCAUUCCCGUGCUCAGUGCUGGCGGCAAACAAAACACCCAGAAUAACAUCCAGUACAGGAAGUACAUGAACCAUAAGAAGAAAAUGGAGUUGGCCAACGGCGCCCGCACCAUGUCUUUGGCUAAUAAUCCCAUGGGCGCUAACCUGCUAGCUUCCAACGAUGCCAGGGCCAUGUCCAUGGGGAUGAUGAGCGAUCCAAGAACAAUGUCCUUGAACUCUGCUCCAGGAAGACAAAUGUAUCCCAGUCAGAGUAACUACGGCCCACGCGCCAUGUCGAUGCGCCCUGGUGUUCAAGGCCAAAGAGGUCCAGGCCAGAGAGGCCCACUCCCGCCAAAUCUUCGCACAAACUCGUUGAACAGUAAUGUCAUGUUGGGCCAGGGUCAGGGCCCCAUGCAAGGGUUGUCUCCACAGGCCAUUAGAUCACAGUCGCUCACUCAAGGCGGAGGGCCAUUCCCUUCGCCUCAACGAUUCGGCCCGGGAAACGCUAAGCCCAUGCCAUAUGGCCCUGGUGCUCCACCUCCAGGCGGCCUACCUGUCAAUAAUGCGGCUGGCCCACCUUAUGGAAACUAUCAACAUCCCCCUAGGUCAAACAUACCAAAUGGUCAUGUACAAAACGCUCGUUACAACGGCAUGCCUCCCAAUGCAGCUCUUUCAAAUGAAUCAUUCAUGAAUGUGGUUGAGGAAGAGGAAGAAGAAAAGGAGCCUGCUGCUUCAACGCCACACUCGUUAGAUCCCGGAAAAACAUUUUCCCCUCAGAAUGAAUUUACUGGCUCUCGCAAGCUUCCCAACGAUGAUAUUGCAGAUGAAGAUGAAGAGGACAUUGUCUACAACUUUGAGAACGAUGCAUCAAGUCCCCAGAUUUCGAGAAAAUCAACCAUCAAAAAGUCGAAUUCUAUGAGAGUGCGGAAGCUUGACUUAUUUAACAAGGUUGAGAAUCACAAGUCUCCUGAAACAGUUUACGAAGAUGGCGACAGUCGUUCGAUUGAACUGGUUGGUGUCAUUGAUAAAUUGUCCAAGAAGCUGACCUUCGACGACAGCGAACUGCACGACUUCAACAAACUGAACGCUGAGAAGUUCCAGACUUUGGGUUCUUCGGCAUCGGAACCUGACUGCUAUACAACUGCAUCAGAAUUCUCGCCAGCUAAGAACACAGACAACUCGAAGAAUGAAGUCGAUGACCAGUCCCCUUAUGUGCCGCCAGGCUCUACUGAAACCGCAAACCCUGCCUCUCCAGGCAACCAAAAACGGAAAGUCAUCAAGUUGAAGAGCUUGGUUGCAAAUACCGCCUUCAACAACUUGCGCUCGCCAUCUAGCAAUUCACAAGCUACAUUUAGCCUGGAGUCUAAUUCGAAAGAGUCUUCCGAGUUCGAUCAUAAUGACUCAAAGAACAAUGGUAGUUCAAGCAAAAUCUCUAUUUAUUCGCACGACUAUUCUAAGACAGACACCAAGGGUUACUUGCAAGAAGGGGCGGACAUCAAGGAUAGAGAUGCCGCUUCUGCCGUGCACAACAAGAAGUAUGAUCAUGAUUUGCCCGAGCUACCUACUGAGCUGUCUCAGUCCGAAACACCUUCGACACCCAUCAACAACAAUGAAGGAGAUACCACGUUCGAGCUUCAAUCCACACAUGGCAGUCAUGCUCCAUCUUCUGAUGAGACAAGAAGUGAGGAUAUCCUUGCUCGAAAUACAUCUGGAAAUCAUUUGUCACGUUCAGGUUCAGAUUUGGACAUGGAAAGAUAUGUUCAGUCACCAGGCCGUGAACGCAGAGUGUCGUCUUUUACUGAUGCCGAGGCUCAGAGAGAGAGAAGAAAGUCGACAAUAUCGAGCAAGUCAAGGAGCUUUAUCAAGCGCUUGUCUAGGAGUGGAUCUAAAGCAACAGAAAAAGACGUUGGGUCGAAUUCGCAGAAACACAGAAGUACAUCAUCUAUCGGUUCCUAUAAUGAUGGAAAUGCUGUGAAGAAGCCACUUCAUUUCACCAAAGAAGAGUUGGCUAUAAUGACAUGUAACAACGAUUUGCAGAACGAGUUGCAACUAGUCGCUAGUGAACUCGCGGCUCUGAUCAAAAGAGAAUUGGCACUUGAGGCGCAAAUUAGGUCUCAAGUUAAAGGAUUAACUAAUGACGCCUCUCAGACGAAUUACAAAGAGUUGGACUAUGAAAAUCGUGAGAAGUCCAGACAAAUCGCUCAGUUGCAAGAGAAGUUAAACAACGAAAGAAGACUUAGGUUCAUUAGUGAAGAGCACGCUAUUUUGUCCGAGCAUGACCAGUCUCCCAGUGCCUUGAAGUUGGACUACGAGAAGAACGAACUUUACAAGCAGUUGCUUGCGAAAAAUGAUCUUGUAAAUCAGUUACAGGACAAGUUGAAUGAGCUUCAGACUAAGCAAAUGGAGAGAGGCGAUGACAGCUUGUUGGAAAGUUACAAUGAGCUUGUGAGGAGGAAUCAUGAGCUUAAGGCCCAACUCAAUCAACAAAGCAAGGGAGAUUCGCAUCUGACAGGCUGGUUCUCAUCAAGUGAUCUCACUGUACAGAGUGCAUCGUUGGUGGAUAGAGAUUCCGAAAAAGCGGAGAUAAUGGCUCUCCGUGAACAAAGAGACGAGUUGAGAGAGAUGAUUACCAAGCUUACUUCAUCUCAGAAUGUCGAACUCAAAAUUGCUCAUGACAAAAUUAAGACUCUCGAGUUCAAGCUUGAGAAGAUGAGUUUGAUUAAUGACAAGUUGAGCAGGAGAGUUGGAGAGACAGUGUCUACCGAAUCGCAAAACAGUGGCCCUCAAUUCAAAAGCGGCCAAGGUGGAAAGUUACAAGGAUUAUCGAUUGUAACGCCAAAGCACAAUCUUUUUGAUGAAUAG